AUGUCGGCCAACGUGACCCACAACGCGACACAUUUCCACCUGCUUGAUGACGAGAUAACAGCCACGGCUAGCGUCCAAUUUAUCAGUAACGAUAUGAGCUGGUACGCCAUGAAGAUUCUCAUGUUUGGUGUCACCCCCACCAUCUCCCUGUUUGGUGUCAUCGGUAACAUCUUCAGCCUCCACAUCCUCACCAAACACGGACUCCACAAGUGCUCCAACAUCCUGUUGGUCUCUCUGGCCUUCUCGGACAUCAUGUUCCUCAUCUCCUUCAACAGUGUGCCGAAGAUUCUCUACGAGGCCGUCUGGAACCACGAGUACCGAGAGCUGACUCAGCUGGAGGCCCAGGUUUUGUUUGUCUUGUUCAGUCUCUUCACCCUCCUCGACUACACCUUCUGCUCCAACGUCCUCACCCUCCCCAUGCUCGUGACGCUGGAGAGGCUGGUGGUCAUUUUCUUACCGUUAACGUUCAAGCGAGUUAUCACACCCGUUAGGACAUGGAUAGCCGUUCUUGGAGUGACGUCAUAUUUUCUUGCAAUUUUUACCUACACAAGUUUCUGGACUCAGGUCAACCACGCCAACCACACGUCCGACAACCACACGUCCACCUCCGUGUGGUACAUCCAAAAAUCUAGUUUCUUCUCCAACAACCUCCAGUCCGUGUCUGUUGUUGAGAUGAUAUUCACCUACUCCAGCACGACAAUCCCGCCCAUCAUCACAGCGCUUGGGUGUAUUGUCAUAUCUGUGCAGAUAAAGAUCAGCUCUUACAGAAGGCGGCAGAUGACGUCAAAGGCCGUGUCCGGCACACGCACGACCAAAAUGUUGCUGUCGGUGUGUUGUGUUUACCUGGUGACUGCCGCCAUCCUCUCCGUACCCCACUACAUCCCCCAGUACGGCUCGUACAGCCUUACAGAGGAGACGCCCUCCAACCUCGGCAAGGUCCUGUACCAGCUGGUCAACACGGCUGUUUGUGUCAAUAGUUCCAGCAACUUUAUCGUCUACAUCGUCCUCAACAAGAACUUCAGGAAGACUUUCUUACAGCUGUUCCGUCGACGUUGA